UUUUAUGCCACAAAAAAAGUCUUAUUACAUAACAUUUAUCCCUAACAGUAGAAAGUAAAACGUAAGUAAAGAUGAAAAAAAUAUUCUUAAACCUGCGAGAAAAAAGGAAAACACAACAUCUGCAAAAAAAAUAGAGAACCUUUGCGGUCAACGCAUCAUAAGGCAUAAGCCUUAGAGGGGUUCAGCCUAUACCAUUGCUCCCGGCGAGGCAGCAAGCGGCGGACGCUUGCCGGCAAUUAAAAAAAAACAAAUUCAAAGGUGGAAUACUCCGAGACCGCGUUCUUUUUGUCACAAUUUAAUUUAAUAUUAUUUCAAAAUGGCUAACUACCAAGUGUUAUUAUUAUUUUUCGCUGCUGUGAUUUCAUCUGGGACCUCAAAUACACAUAUAUUCGGUGGGCGAUGUUCCCGACGAGAUCCCAAUGUGGACGCCUGCUUGCUGCGCAGUUUCAAUUCACUCAUCGAAUAUAUGAAAGGUGGUGCCCCCGAAUUGGGAAUUGAAGAGUCGGAGCCCAUAGUGAUAGACGAGCUCUCGAUCGCGCUGGGCGGCGGCCCGGACGGCUACCGCGCCAGCUUCAAGGAUAUCCACGCCACUGGAGCCUCGAACAUGACCAUCACUAAUGUCAGGUCGGACCUGGAGACCCACCAGUUCCAGCUGACGCUGUUCGGGCCGCACAUCAGCGCGCGCGCCCGCUACCGCUCCUCCGGCGUGCUGCUGCUCGUGCGCGCGUCCGGCGGCGGCGAGUACUGGGGGGAAUACGAGGGUGUGAAAGCUAAAGUAUACUUCCGCGGUGAGCCGUACACUCGCGAUGGCCGCACCUACCUCAAGCUGCAGCAGCUCAAACUGGACUUCUCCGUCAAGGACAUACAGAUGGGCGUCGAGAACCUGCAGAACAGUAACGCUGUGCUACAGGCCGCCCUGAACCUGUUCAUCAACACAAACGCUCAGGAGCUGCUGAAGGAGAUGAAGCCCGAGCUGAAGCGCGACCUCGCGGAGAAGAUGUCGCGCUUCCUCGACCACAUCCUCUCGCAGAUACCCUACGACGACUGGAUCGUGGACUAGACGGACUCACACCAGGACUUGUAGGGGAUGGAAAACUGAGAGAUUUCAUGCUGAUAUUAGGAAAGGAAGUUCAAAAGGCAGAGCGAAAAUAUUUUUGGUAAUUAGAAAUAUGUUUUUUGCUGGUUGUUUUAUUCCAGUUCUUCUCUUAGUCUUGUAACAAAUUAUACCCUUCUGGAUAAAAGAGACUGAAUCAUUUUGGACAACAUUUGGGAAAACUUUAGAUUUUGGGGAUUAAAAAAAUAGUUUUUCGAGAAAAAAUCAGAAGGUACUGCCAGUGAACUACUACUUUAGAAGGAAGAGUUGGCAACAACGUUGGUGCUAAAACUACAAAAUAACAAAUAGGUAAGGAUUAGCAUGUAGAGAUAUAGAGUAAGUUGUAGAGUAGAAUAGUAAGUAAUUUUAGUUAUAAGUAUAAAUGUUAACAUCGCGACUCAAAAUAAAAUACAGAUCUCUCCUAUUCCUAUUAUUCAUACAUUAUUUUCCAUUCAUACAAUUCAUCACUAUAAAAAACCACUUCCCCGCUUAGGAAUUGAAUCCUUGUGUCGCGGGGGAAUUCGCAAACAUUUUUUUAAGUCGCACACCAAUGCUUAUCCUACGCGGGAUCAUCACGUAUCGACUCGUCGCACGCAGUGGGUCUCACGUGGCACUCGGCUAUCCGUGCGGUCAUCAGCAAUCACGACAUUAUUUCGUCCCAUUUCAUAUCCAUUAUCGUCCAGUUUUAUUAAGUGCAUGGAUCAUUAGAUGUGGAAGCGUGACAGCGCAUUACACACCGUAGAGUGGUAUCUCUUUUCCACAUCUACCAUAUUACUUUAAGAAGUGGUGGGAGGCCCCUGGCCUAAUCUCAGAUACUUUAAAGAAAGUUUUCACGUUUGAACUGUCUCUUCGUUCGUGAAUUCAGUCGCGGCAGCCCGUCUCAUAGACUCGGUAUGUCUUAAAAGUUUUCAAGUCAAUUGAUUCAGUUUUGAAAAAAGUCGGGCAUAAAAAACAAAUUUGAAAUUGAAAGGUCUCUCUAACAUAUUAUUCUAUUCUCAUUCGCACUUCAUUCAUUUCCUUAGAAUUUUCAUUUCUCGAGUAUCCAAGAUCCAUUUAUUUCACUUUACAUUUUAUGUAUGGCAUUACUUUAUAAGUAGUUCUGUGAAAUGUAGAUGUUAGGCUAUUUAUUUAGUGCUCUGAUGGUACAUCUCUGGUUAGAGCGAGGUCUCGUAUGUAUUACUAAUUUUACGUUAUUUUGUAAAAGUGUAAUAAAGUAUUUAAUUCUA